UUCCGGUAGUCAACCCAAGAUCGUCAACAUCAAGCCAUGUCUCAUUAUAACGGUAAAAUCGCAGUGGUUACAGGCGCCGCUCGAGGUAUCGGGCGGGCUGUCGCAUGUGAAUUUGCUGCCGCUGGGGCCGUUGUUGUCCUGGCUGAUAUUGAACUUGAAGCGCAAGAGGCUACAGUUUCUCAGUUACAGAAGGAAGGACACAAAGCUUUUGCAUACUUCUGCGAUGUUACCAGUGACGAUUCCGUGUCUUCCUUCGCAUCAGCUGUUCUCAAGGAAGUGGGCUGUCCAGACAUCAUCUACAACAACGCCGCCAUAAUGCACACAGGCAGCAUCCUCAACGCCCCUAUCGACAAUAUCCGGAAAGACCUUGAUGUGAAUGUCCUCGGCUAUAUUCGAGUUGUCCAACAAUUUCUCCCGUCCAUGGUUUCUCGAGGCUCAGGCUGGAUCAUUAAUACCGCGUCGCCCAACGCCUUUGUCCCCCCGCCAGCAGUUGCCGAGAAUCUCAUGAGCUACUGCAUCACCAAGGCGGCUGAAGUGUCUUUAAGCCAGUCCAUGGCAGUAACGCUUGUACCCAAGGGCAUCGAUGUUAGCGUUGUGUUUCCUGACAUCACCCACACUGAAGCUGUCAACGAGUUAUCAGGAACGGCAUCAGAUGAGUUUCAUGCCGCCAUUCCCGGUUUUAUGCAGAGCCAGGGUCGGCCGCCUGCUGACGUUGCUGCACAACUUGUCCGGGACUUGCGUCCUGAUAAGUUCUUCAUUAAUGCGUACGCUGGCUUCGAGAAGAUGUUGACGGUUUGGGCAGACCGGAAGCUGGACCCGGCUUAUGAUUACUUUGGGGAACAUAAGUAGAGCUCGCUAGAAAUUUAUUUCCGUAGUGUC